AAAUUGAUGAGUCUGGCUUGUUGCGGGCUUGGCAUCUCACGUCUACCUGUUGUCUUGUCCAUGUAAAAGAGCCAAGCCAGAAACCCUUUCGCGUCACGUGACCCGCGGCAUCAAAACAUCUCGCAAGGACUCAUGUGUGGACUUUCCAUUGUAAACAGUCAUACAUACAGACAUCAUGAAUGAGUCUCCUCCCCCUGGUACGCCCAGAAAGUCUGGAAAAAGAGCUCCAACUACUCCUUUGGUCCCCUCGAAAACCCAGAACAAAAAGACUAGCACGGCCAAACCAGAACCCGCUUUUCCUAGGCUGCUUGUGAUGGAUGUCUCGAUACCUCCACAGGCAUAUGAAAAAGAACUAUUACAAUCCAAGUUCCAGGUUUGGGUGCUUGAAAAACGCUUAAAGGAACAAACGGAUUUGGCUAAUUUUCUCGAGUUGGAACGAUCAUUUGUCCACGCUUGAUUGUCCAAUGAUGACUUAAAUACAUGGGGCAAUCUAGGUGUAUGGGACUGGUGCCCAUACGUGUUUGAGUUCCGUCUUGCAGUCGGACAGGACAUCGAAGUGUUUGAGCCUUUGAUAGGCUCAAAUUUCUGCGACUGGGGAAAUAUCCUGGAAUUCAAAGGAACCGGUGUUGAUGCUGUACAAUUUAUAUCUCUUGUUUGUUAAUUCAAAUAGCACUAUCGAAGUGAGGAUUU